AUGAGACAAAAGCAUGCCAACCUUCUGAAGCUUCAUUCCUCCUCAUCGAUUCAAUCUCUACACCCGGUGAAUGCCCUUGCAUCGGUGAUGUUUUUGGUCACCUGUCUAACUGUGGUCUCUCCUUCAGUAGGAGCGAUCCAACCGAUGAUAUGUCAGCAUCAAUUUGGCAGAAGACUCGUUGGAUUGCCCGAGCCUCCAGAAUGCCCACAAGUCAAUGUCAAGCCAAAAGUUCGUCCGGCAACGCUUCUACUGGAUAUUUUUCGAGAGAAUGAGCAAGUAAGUGAAACGCCAGCUGAAGUAUGUCAAGUGGUUCGGAGCCAAAUUCGCUACUUCACGACGCUUUCAGGGGUUUAUGUGGAGCAGCCAGCCAAGCCCAUUAAGGAACUGGUCACGCCUGCGCAGUGUCGAGACAUCCUGAGAUCCAGGAGGUGUAUUCAUGGAUCUCUGACUCCACAGAAGGACGGCUGGGCCACGUCCAACGUCUUCAAGAAGGACAGACCCUGGCCUUUCUUCGGAAGUUUUGGUUGGAAGUCCCAAACACUCAGGAAUUGUAUCACUUUUGGGGCUCAUGUUCAGUACAACUCGAACUCGCACGUAUUGACGGCAACGGCCGGUGAUCUUCAAGCAUGCAACUACACUUCUGGAGAAUGCAACCUCCAAGAUGGAUCAGCCAUUCUCUGGAAGCCGAAUCCUGCCCUGGAUUGCCCUUUCAUCAAGGUUGGUACGUUCUUGGGUCGUUUGUUAGGAAAUGUUUGGCUCUCUGACAGCCGACAAUUUGCAUUAACUAUCAGCAAUGACUCUGUGCCGUUUAAGUCAUGCAACAAGACGCUGGUCAAGACUCCCCAAGGUUUCGCUAUCCCGCUGAGCGCAGCCCGCGCAAAAAGGGGAACUAAGGUGGUCGCUAGCAACACAUUGUCUGCCGAGCUACAAGGGCUGGAAGAAAGCAUGAUCCAGAUCAUUCAGCAUAAUUUCGAGAAUGUUAUGCACCACAUUUGCUUCGCCCACCAGAGCGCAGCCGCGCAAUGGAAACUUUUGGCCGAGACGAACCCUACAGCUGUAUUUCGUAAGUUAUUACGAGAUGAUUAUAUUCAUGCCACGAUGCUCACUGAAAGCAUAGCUGAGAUCUACCCUUGUAGACCGAUCGGAAAAGAGUCUAUUCGACCAAGACCCGGUCCAAAAACCGGAUGCACCCGCUAUAUUCCCAUAGACCUCACUGACCCCACCGACUCCUCGAAGUCGAAAGGGGCAUUUUUGGACCCGAUGACUGCCAUUAUCACUGAGAAGGCGGCUCAAAACCAGACGACGAGGGUUUCUUUGUUGAAACUCGAAGCCCAACCUUGUUGA